CCCUAUAUCGUGCGUCUCCUUACGUCACGUGACCUAAAAUUGAGGCUGACGUCGCAGAACAACAAAGAUGGCAGGAAUAGGAAGCAGCACUUACUGGGAGGACUUGAGAAAACAGGCAAGGCAGCUGGAGAAUGAGCUGGACCUGAAACUGGUCUCCUUCAGUAAACUUUGCACCAGCUACAGCAGCUCCAGGGAUGGACGUCGAGGAGAAACUUCAGACACCACCCCGCUACUAAACAACUCCAGCCAGGACAGGAUGUUCGACACCAUGUCUGUGGAGAUCGAGCAGCUGCUGGCCAAGCUGACGGUGGUAAACGACAAGAUGGCCGAGUACACAAACACCCCGGGAACAGCUUCUCUCAACGCUGCGCUGAUGCACACCCUCCAGAGACACCGAGACAUUCUGCAGGAUUACACGCACGAGUUUCACAAAACCAAAGGCAACUUUCUGGCCAUCCGAGAAAGGGAAGAUCUUCUAGGUUCUGUCAGGAAAGACAUCGAGUCGUAUAAAAGUGGUUCUGGGGUCAACAACAGAAGAACAGAGCUGUUUCUAAAGGAGCACGAGCAUCUGAGAAACUCAGACCGACUGAUGGACGACACAAUAAGCAUUGCCAUGGCGACCAAGGAAAACAUGACCUCCCAGAGGGGUGUGCUGAAAUCCAUACAGAGCAGAGUCAACACGCUGGCCAAUCGUUUCCCAACCAUCAACAAUCUCAUCCAGCGAAUCAACCUUCGAAAGAGGCGGGACUCUCUCAUCCUCGGCACUGUGAUCGGUGUUUGCACCAUUCUCCUUCUCCUCUACGCUUUCCACUGAAAACCUGUUUGGAUGAAACCUUUAAAGGCCGGAUUUACCUGUAGCGUGUGGAAACACCACCUCCGCUAUCGGAUGACCCUGGCGGGUCCAGCUUGCGUCAGAAACACGUUCACGCAGAGCCUGUAAUUUAACCGUGAAACAUUAAAAGGGCCGACGGGGGCUUCUCCUCCCACCAACGUGAAAAUGAGGACUGACCGUACUAAUAAAACCAGAUCUUUUUUUUUAAACAAUAUCCAGAAAAGAAGCUUUAGGAUGCAGAAAGAGACUGAAACUGGUGGGUUAUUUUUUUUGGGAAAUUGAAGGAUUUUUUUCUUUAAUGGACGGAGUGGGGUUGGUAAUUCAUCGAGCUGUUAAAAGUGAAUUAAUAAAUUAUUCAUAUCAGUAAUUGUUUUAAAAA